AUGGGUAUCAAACAACUCUACUCAAUCAUCAGCGAGAAUGCCCCCGAUGCUGUCAAGACGGGCGAAAUCAAGAACCAUUUCGGCCGGAAGGUCGCGAUAGAUGCCUCCAUGAGCAUCUACAGCUUCCUCAUUGCCGUGCGCUCCGACGGCCAACAACUCAUGAACGAAUCCGGCGAAACUACAUCCCACCUCAUGGGCCUCUUCUACCGCACCCUCCGCAUGGUCGACAACGGCAUAAAGCCACUCUACGUGUUCGACGGCGCGCCUCCGAAGCUCAAGUCCGGCGAGUUGGCCAAGCGGUUCCAGCGCAAGACGGAGGCACAGGCAGCACAGGAGGAAGCAAAGGAGACGGGUACUGCAGAGGACAUCGAGAAGUUUGCGAGACGGACGGUGAGAGUCACUCGGGAGCACAACGAGGAGUGCCGAAGGUUGCUCAAGCUUAUGGGCAUUCCGUAUAUCGUGGCGCCGACGGAGGCUGAGGCGCAGUGUGCGGUGCUAGCGAGGGGUGGGAAGGUGUAUGCCGCGGCGAGUGAGGACAUGGAUACUUUGACUUUCAACGCGCCGAUCUUACUCCGACAUCUCACGUUCAGCGAGCAGCGGAAAGAGCCGAUUCUGGAGAUCCACCUCGAUAAGGUGCUGGAGGGGCUGGACAUGAAGCGAGAGCAGUUUGUCGACCUCUGCAUCCUCCUCGGCUGCGACUACGUCGACCCCAUCAAAGGCGUCGGCCCCUCCACCGCCCUCAAACUCAUCCGCGAGCACGGCACCCUCGAAAAUGUCUACGAACACAUGAAGACCAACUCGAAAUACACCAUCCCCGAAGACUGGCCCUUCGCCGACGCACGCGCCCUCUUCCUCGAGCCCGACGUCCGCCCCGCAGACGACCCCGAAUGCGACUUCAAGUGGGAAGCGCCCGACGUCGAAGGCCUCGUCAAGUUCCUCGUCGAGGAGAAGCACUUCAAUGAGGACCGCGUGCGGAGCGGCGCGAGCAAGCUGCAGAAGAAUCUUAAGACUGCGCAGCAGAGUCGGUUGGAGGGGUUCUUUAAGCCGAUGGAGAAGACGGCGGAGCAGAAGGCGGGGUUGAAGAGGAAGGCGGAGCAGAAGCUGGAGGAGAAGAAGAAGAAGCAGAAGGCGGAUGCGAAGGAGAAGAAGGCGGCUAAGUCGAAGGCGAGGGGUGGGGCGUGA